AUGGCGAACCUAAAGUCGCUUCAGCUUGGUACGCCGGAUGGCAUUCUGAUUCAACUCCGGGCUUUCCGCUCUCUGCUGGAAACCACUUCCGACGUCAAUUUUCUUGAUUUAAGCGGGUCCAACCCAGACCUCCUUCCACAAUUCGUUUCAGAAGCUCACAAAAAUGGUGUAAAAGCAUUGGUGUCUAUCGGAGGUUGGACGGGUUCAACAGGAUUUUCUACUAAUGUUGGAUCGGCAGACAAUCGGACCGCUUUCGUAAAAACAGUUCUGAAUUUGGCGAAGAAAUACAAACUGGACGGAAUCGAUUUCGAUUGGGAAUAUCCAGCAAACCAAGGAAUAGGCUGCAACGCCAUCAACCCCAACGAUACUGCGAACUUCCUUGCAUUUUUACAGGAGCUCCGCAAAGACAGUCUUGGGUCCACGUUGAUUCUUUCUGCAGCUGUCGCCACUGUUCCGUUCUUCGGGCCCAACGGCAGCCCUCUUGCUGAUGUUUCCGGUUUCGCAAAGGUGCUGGAUUAUAUAGCCAUCAUGAACUACGAUAUCUGGGGUCCAUGGAGUUCAUCUGUCGGGCCUAAUGCACCGUUGAACGACACCUGUGCUUCGCCAGCAAAUCAACAAGGAUCAGCAGUCUCUGCAGUACAGCGAUGGAACCAGGCAGGCAUUCCCUUUCAUCAGAUAGUGCUCGGAGUUGCUGCAUACGGCCACUCUUUCAAAGUCUCCAAGGCGGACGCAUUCGUACAGGGAUCCAACACUCAACUUGUAGCAUAUCCUUCAUUCGAUGCAACCGCACAUCCAUCAGGUGAUGCCUGGGAUGAUGGCGCUGGUGUAGACGAAUGUGGGAACGCCCAAGCGCCUGGAGGCGAUGUUGACUUCUGGGGUAUGGUCGCUGGAGGAUACCUGAAAGCUGAUGGAACACCAAAUGAUGGUAUUGCCUUCAGAUUUGAUUCGUGUAGUCAGACGCCAUAUGCAUACAACUCAACAACCGAGAUCAUGGUAUCAUUUGAUAACGCACAGUCGUUUGCCGCGAAAGGGAACUUCAUUCGGGAAGCUAAUCUGCGAGGCUUCGCCACUUGGGAAGCUGGAGGUGACUUCAAUGACAUUCUGUUGGAUUCGAUUCGAAAGGCCGCUGGGUUCUAA